CUGGUAUGCCCGGAUCCCAAGGACACAAGGGUUUCCGAGGAUUCCGAGGUAAACGAGGUGAACAAGGUCUUUCUGGUGAAACUGGACCCGUCGGAAGCCCUGGUGCUCCCGGUGCCAAUGGACCACAAGGACCCCGAGGUCCACCCGGAGGACGAGGACAAGAUGGUCUCCCUGGUCCCCAAGGUCUUAGAGGUGUUGAUGGUUUAGCUGGUCAACCUGGUCCAAGUGGACCCGUCGGACAACCUGGUCCACCUGGUAUCCCCGGACAACCUGGUAUUAAGGGAGCUGCUGGUUCAAGCGGACCUAAAGGAGGAUUCGGUCCACAAGGAGCUCGUGGUGAACCUGGAACACCCGGACCUGAUGGAGAACCUGGUGCACACGGACAACCUGGUAUGAAUGGUGCUGAUGGUGAGAAGGGAUCUACUGGUGAUCCUGGAGCUUCUGGUGCCCCCGGAUUCCCCGGACCUCGAGGUCCACCCGGUCUUACUGGUAGCCCUGGAUCUGUCGGAGCCAAAGGAUCUGCUGGAGAAGGUGGUCAAAACGGUUACAAGGGAGAACAAGGUACAAAGGGUAUUCCUGGAUCAACUGGUGAACGAGGACGACCUGGACCAGCUGGAAUCCAAGGAAAGAGAGGAGAACGUGGAUCUCAAGGCCCACCUGGACCAACUGGAUUAGAAGGAGAACGAGGUUUAAGCGGUGGACGAGGUAUUCCCGGAUCUCCUGGAUCCCCCGGAGCCAAAGGAGAAGAUGGACAACCAGGUAGCCGAGGAUCUCGAGGUGAAUCCGGAUCCAUGGGUGAAGCCGGACGACCUGGACCACCAGGAGCCCCAGGAGAAGCUGGUGCUCCCGGACCACCAGGACCUGAUGGUAAAUCUGGAGCUACAGGACCUGCUGGUCCUCCCGGUAACGAUGGACGACCUGGUGAGAUGGGACCUCCUGGACAAACUGGUCCACCCGGAGCUCAAGGUCCACAAGGAGCUGCUGGAGAACGAGGAUCCCAAGGUAAAAGUGGUAGCCCCGGUAUUCAAGGAGAACGAGGUGCACCUGGUGAUGCUGGAUCUACCGGUGAAAUGGGACCCCAAGGUGCUCCCGGACCUGAGGGAGAACAAGGAGAACGUGGUCCAGUCGGUCCUGAUGGUCCCAACGGAUUCCAGGGACCUCCUGGAUUACCUGGUAACCCUGGUACUGCUGGAACUGAUGGUGAACCUGGUGUUCCCGGACCUCCUGGUCCACCUGGUAAAAAUGGUUACCGAGGUGAGCGUGGUUUCCCUGGAGCUCGAGGUGAACCUGGAGCAGAAGGAGAAGCUGGUCUUGCUGGUUUAGAUGGUCCACCAGGACCUGAUGGUAACCGAGGUCCACCCGGAGAAAACGGUAUCAAAGGAGAAGGUGGCCCACAAGGAGCUGUUGGUUUACGUGGCCCCCGAGGACCCGUCGGACCCCCUGGUACAAGUGGUGAUUUGGGUGAUGUUGGUAACAAUGGUGCUGAUGGUGCUCCCGGACGUCCUGGACCUCCCGGUAACCGAGGUCCACCCGGGCCUAUUGGUCUUGCUGGACCACCAGCUGCUAAAGGAGCUGCAGGUGACGCUGGAUCAAGAGGAGAAUCUGGACCCCCUGGUGCUUCUGGAGAACGUGGUGUUGCUGGACCUCAAGGUGAACAAGGAUACCCCGGUCUUCCCGGAGCUGCUGGACCUAACGGUAUGAAGGGAGAACGAGGUGCCCCAGGAUCUAAGGGAGAAACCGGAGAUGCUGGAGCAGCUGGUGAACCAGGAGCAGCUGGACCUUCUGGUGUACGAGGUAUUGCUGGUCGACAAGGAGCCCGUGGUGAUGCUGGAGCUGAUGGUAUUCCUGGAGAACCGGGUAAUCCCGGAGCUCUUGGUGCCCCUGGUCGUGCCGGACAACAAGGUCUUCCCGGACCAUCCGGACCUCCCGGAAUUCCUGGAAUCAAGGGAUCUCGAGGUGGAACUGGAUCACCUGGUCAACCUGGAAGCAAUGGUGCCCGAGGACAACCCGGUCUCCCUGGAAACAAAGGUGUCAGAGGUGAAGAAGGUACCCCUGGAACUGUUGGACCAACUGGUGCCCCCGGACCAAGUGGUGAACGUGGUGAGCCUGGACAACCCGGUGUUGGUGGUGAACGAGGUCCAACUGGAUCUCCCGGAGCCACUGGACCACGAGGAGAAGCUGGAAGACGAGGUCGAAACGGUCUUCCCGGACCUUCUGGACCUGUUGGUAACCCUGGUAAUCCUGGUAUGGUUGGUGAAUCUGGACCUACUGGACCACCCGGUAAUGAUGGUACCCCUGGAACUUCUGGACGACCUGGUGAGAAGGGACCCGAUGGUGAAGUUGGUUUAGUUGGAGGACCAGGUCUUCCUGGAUUACCUGGACCACCCGGAUCUGCUGGUGCCACCGGACCAAGUGGAGAACCUGGAUUAAGAGGAGAAGUUGGACCCGUAGGACGAGUAGGACGUGCUGGACAACGAGGACCUCCUGGUGUACAAGGUAUUCAAGGACCCGAAGGAUCAGUUGGUGAUGCUGGACCAACAGGAGAUAAGGGAGACCCAGGAUUUGCUGGUAUGCCCGGUCUUCCAGGACCUCAGGGUCCAAUUGGUGAUCUUGGUCUUCCAGGUCCACCCGGACCUCAAGGCAACAGAGGAUCCGAGGGAAAGAGAGGUAGUAUGGGUAUUGAUGGUUCUCCAGGUCAAGAAGGUCCAAUCGGUCAACCCGGUCCCAGAGGUCGACCAGGAGAAGACGGAAGACGCGGUUCAAGUGGUCCAGUUGGCCCACGUGGUCCACCCGGCCCCCCUGGACGAAGUGUCUACUCUAACGCCAUUUCUGGUUUCUUCCAAAGUGAGGUAAAAGGCGAUCCUUACCAGGCUGACGCAGCAGAUGAAAUUGACCAAGAGACCAAGAAAGCCCUUAAACUUAUGGAGAAAGUCAAAGAAGAAAUUUCCAAGAUUGAAACCCCAACUGGUGAGAAAGAUUCUCCAGCUAUCAACUGCAGAGAUCUUCAUUUGGCUCAACCUCAUCUCGAAGAUGGCCACUACUUUGUUGAUCCUAAUGGUGGUGGAAUCGGUGAUGCUCUUAAAGUCUACUGCACAUUCAGCAAAAACGAAACCUGUAUCCCAGCUUACAAAGAAAAAUUCCCCAAGAAAUCAUGGUUUGAUACCUUUGGAGGUAGACAAUCCUUUGCCGAUGUUGCUGGACAAGGAAGCGAAGAUGAUGCUAGAUUCGUUUAUGCUAAACAUGAUUCCAUUUUCAACUUCUUCCGAAAACACCACAAUAGAGCUCGACAAGAAAUCACCAUUAAGUGUAAAAAUACCAACAUCGUUUACGAUAAAGCAUCAGGCAACUAUGAACAUGCCGUUGAUUUAUUAAGUGAUGAUUUUGAAAUCAUGUCACCAGAUGGUAAAAAGGGCUUUAAAUACCGAGUCAGAGAAGACGGAUGUAGGGUUAAGGAUGGCACAUGGAAGAAAUCUGUGAUAGCUGUAGUAACAAAAAAUAAUCGUAUGUCAAGAUUACCAAUUCGAGAUAUAGGUCUAUAUGAUGUGGGUGGAGCUAACCAAGAACUGGCUGUAGAGCUUGGACCAGUAUGCUUCAGUUGAGCAAACACAUAAAAACUCUUUCUUCAUUCAUUAGACAAUUUAUUUCAAUUUUUUUAAUCUUCAAUAGGAAAAAUUACUUUAAAAAUCGCCGAAUCAUAUUUGUAAGUGUUAUAUGUUCAUAUUUAUGUUUUUUGAGAUUCAAACCGGAAAAAUUAAAUUGAUAAAGAUCUUCAUUUUAUAUGGACCAAUCCAAGCUUGAUGGCCUCGUGGCGGAUAUAUUGGUUCGAGUCACUUUCAGUGACCCAUGAGUCAAACUCAAUCUUGACUCUUAAGGACUCAUGUGUCAAAUAUCGAUGACUCAAGACGACUGUGAUGUUUACAGCUCUAUUACUGCCAUAAUGAAUCAUACUGUGUUAUAAACGCUAUCAUAUUAGAUGAAAAUAUUUGGAUAUUUUGUUAUUCUGUAAAUAAAAGUGAUAAAGUAAGCAUUUCAUUGCUACCUCCGCCUAUCAGAUCCGUCCAUCUGCCAGUUUUCACUAAACUCAAAUAAAAAAGACCAAAAAAUCUA